AUGGCCGAUGGAAUUGCAGAUGAAGGGGAUAUGGCGUGUCGAGGAUCAUUUCGAGAAGCGGUAUUGGAAUUCAAUAAACUGCAUUCGAUGAAGGAAGAAUUAAACGAUGAAUUAUGUCGUAUGGUGCUAGACGCUCGUGCAUUUUAUUCAUUAGAGACGGAUGCUUAUAUAACACCGGCUCGUGUUGUGUUGCCUCCCUUUACAAAAGGGAAUUUAUUGAGAACUAUACAGAACGCAUUUGGCGACAAUUAUUUUGAAGCGGUUCGUUUGUUGAUUAAAUACGAGACUGUUUAUCAAAAAAUGGUAUUGUAUCGAUUACUAUACCGUCUAAUAGGAAUCUACCCCAUUUUGCCAUUUACUAUACGUAAUACAUUAAGGACAAUUUUACCGACAAUUUCAUUAAUAUGGUUGUCAUACCUCCCAAAGGUGAUAUUGUCGAUGGUUAUGGCUCUAUCAUGUAUAGAUACAUAUGAUCAUCUUCUAGGUCGACAGAUUUAUAGUGCGCAUUGCGGUUAUGAUGCUCCGAAAAAGAUGAAGAAAAUUGUGUUACAAACAUUUGUUGGAAUUUUGGGUGUAAUUUACAUUCUAUCAAUUCCCAUAGUAAUUACAUGGACGUAUGAUUGGCAUGAGAUUACCCAGUUUUCAAGAUUGAGUAAAGGCGGGAGGCAAGCAAGAAAGGGUUUGGAACAGAGAUCGAGAACGAGCAUAAGACCAGGAGCUAUAAAAUUAAACAUUGCCGCCACGAAUAAAAUUGCCACGAAUAAAAUUGCCACGGGCAGUAAUAUUGAUGACAAGUUGCUUUCUUCAAAUGGUCCUAUACGAGCUAAUUUGGGUCGUCAAACAUUGUCAUAUCAAGCUAAUAUAGAAGAUCGAAUAUUAGGGGGUCAUUUUACAACCACAAUUCGUCCAUUAGCUGAAAUCAUGUUGAUGGGAUAUAAACCAAGUACCUGGACAAUAUUAAUUGCUGCAAGAUUUAUGAUACAAGGGUUUGUUAUUAUAGCACCUUUAUCAUCAAAUCGACUAUUAUUUAAUAUACGAUUAGCAUUAAUGAUAAAAUCAUUAAUAUGCUUAAUAUUAAUAAUUAAAAGACCUCAUACAUUACGUACAUUUUAUGGUAUAAGCAUCUGUGAUUUAUAUGGUGAAUUCAUGAUGUUAGGCUCAAUAAUGUUCUAUGAGAAAAUAAAUCAAACUGAUGAUAAUGUUGUGUUUGAUUUUAGUACAAUCAAUUCUACAAAAUAUCAAAGAUGGUUUAUAACCUUUAUUUGGUUAAGUAUUAUUGGUCAAUUAAUCAUAUAUUUAUUAAUUACUAUUUAUGAAUAUGGUAAAUUAAUAUCAUAUACUGAUUAUAGAUGGAGAAGUAAAUUACAUAAAUCUGGUUAUAAUAUACCUCAAAAUUGGUUCAAGAAAAUAUACCCAAAAUUAUCAUUCCAAUUUUUCUUUAAGAUCGCCCAGAUCUUAGAGACUAGACUUAUUUAUAAUCCUACUAAUAAAAAUCUAAUACUUAAACAAUUCAAACCUGCCGGUGAAGAUUUACCUACCAGUACAAAUCCAUUAGGAAAAAAUGAUGGUUAUACAUUAUCACUAAUUAAUCACGGAUUAAAAGCAUUAUGUAGUGGACGUUAUUCUUGUAUGCUACAUGCUGAUACAGUAUCAUUACUUAGCCGAUAUUGUUUUGAAUUCAUUCGUAAAAUGCGCGAAAUAUAUUCAGAAACACCAUCAACAUUAAAAGAAUUAUUAAAAGGUUUAGAAUUAAUGGAUAUGAAUAAAUAUCAUCAAGAUUAUAUAGUAGAAUUAUGGUUAUCAGGUAAGGAUUUAAUAUCAAUCAAUAAUAAUAAUAAUGGAACAAUCAAUAAUAAUGCUGGAGGAACAAUCAAUAAUAAUAAUGGAACAAUCAAUAAUAUAUUCUGUGAUUAUUAUUUAAGCCCAUUAGGAACAGUUCGUCAAUUUGAUAUAUCAAUAUCUGAAACAAGAUGGUUAAGAUUAAUUACCAAACGUCAUGCUAUACGUUUUGCAUCAGAUUGUAUUGAUCCUAGUAGUUUUAGUUAUAUCGAAGUAUUAUCAACAGAAUUCGCUAUGGCCAUAGAGCAUUUGGUUAAAUUAACACCUUAUAUGUCAUCUGAUUUAAUGGCAUCAUUUAUUGGUGUUUCAUAUGAUCAAUUAAUUAAGGAAAGGGAUUUAGAAAAGUUGGAAUUAAAUAAGGAUGUAUUGAUCAAACAAAUUAAUAAUAAAAUAAAAUCUAAUGGUAGAAAUGAGGAAAUGAUGAUCAUGGAAUAUUUCCAAAAGGUAACUGAGCUUGAGAGGCUACAAAAAAACUGUCAAUCGAUGUAUGAUAGUUGUGUAAAUGCGCAGAUUCACGUUUUAGAAAAUCUAGGUCAAGAUACUGAAUUGAAAUUGAAACAGGCAGGUGUAAAAGAUCAAUUAUUACAAGAAAGUACAUGCCUCCGAAAUGUACAAACAGAAUUGGAAACAUCAAGGAAACCAAUAGAUAUUUUUUCUUAUGUACUGGAUGAUGAAUUAACCGAUGAUGAUGAUGAUGAAGAUUUGAGGAUGUUAAAAAGGAGAAGUACUGAAUUAAAUAGGGUGCAAGUGCUACCUGAUGACGAUGAUGACCAAGGUCAACUAAUGGCCGGUGCUGCCUUUGAUCCAACCGGUAUCGAUCCAACUGGUCUUUAUGGUAUACCCGAUGAUGAUACCUCCAUGAUUAAACCUGAGUACCUCAAGUCUGAGUACCUCAAGUCAUCUUCCUCAUCCCUCGACAGACCCAUUGGCAGACGUGGGGGUCCGAGGGAGGCAUAUGAAAAAGAUCACGAGAUUUAUAGUUCUUCCAACAGCAGUGAUAACGAACCCUAUGUGCUGAAUCCACCCGCAAUAGGGACUGAGGCAACCGUCAAUGAUGUGUUCAAAGCAACCGGCACUCCCCAAGUUGUUGUAAUGGACUUAGACCAACGGAAAGGGAAAAACCACCAUACAAGAUCCACCUUUCCUGAACAGGAACCACCACCCGCCGCCGCAGACCCUGCUGCCGGACCAACAGGUGACGAGCCGAACUUGGGCUGGCUGCAGUACGUGCCUGAAGAACGGCUGGAAGAAGUCAUCGAGCACACGCUAGACGAUUAUGAACAACCCUUCACCGCACGGGAUGACAACGACGACCUCGAGAGCCGUCGGAAAUAUGACGUGUGGGAACCAAAUUGA